ACAUGGCACUCGAUCGAAAAUGAAGAUUGACGCCUGCACUUGGGACAAGAUGCCUCCCUACUGCCGAAAGAACUCGAUCGUUCUCAGGACUCAGCUAUGUGUGCGCGUUCACACUAUCAUAGAAAAAUUGCUGAACAGCGAAGGCCGCGAACUGCGCAGGGCCCUCUUUUCCCUCAAGCAAAUCUUUCAGGAGGACAAGGACCUAGUUCACGAGUUCGUGCAGAAUGACGGGCUGGCGUGUCUCAUCAAGGUUGGCAACGACGCCGACCAAAAUUACCAAAAUUACAUACUUCGAGCCCUGGGACAGGUGAUGCUGUACGUCGACGGCAUGAAUGGCGUGAUGGAGCACGCCCAGACGGUCCAGUGGCUCUACACCCUCAUCGCGUCGCGCUUCCGUCUCGUCGUCAAGACGGCCCUCAAGCUCCUGCUGGUCUUCGUCGAGUACGUCGAAACCAACUCGCUGCUCCUCGUGCGGGCCAUACGCUCGGUGGACCAGUCCCGAGGCAUGAUACCCUGGACCAACGUGAUGAAGCUGCUGACGGACUACGACGCCGCCGACACGGAGCUGCUGAUCUACGCCAUGACUCUCAUCAACAAGUGCCUCAAUGGGAUACCCGAUCAGGACACGUAUUACGAUCAGGUGGACUGUCUGGAGGAGCAGGGCAUCGAGGCGAUAAUACAGCGCUACAUGGGCAAGCAGGGUACGGAUCUGGAUCUGCUGAGGCAGUUUCAGAUCUACGAGGCGGUGCUGUACCACGAGGACGGCAACGAUCGAGACUCGCCCAUCAGACAGCUCGACGACAACAUCAGGAAAACGCUACGCAACCGCAAAUCCCUGGCGGACUCGCACGAGCGUCGCAAGUCGCGCAGACACUCCACGGGCACGUCGCCGCUCUCGGCGAUGCUGCUGCUGAACAACGGCUGCUCGGCCGCCGGCUCGAGUCCGAGACAGCUGCAGGCCAGCAACGGUGGCGGCGUUGGCGGCAAUAAUGGCCAGCUGCCUGUCUCCGUCGUCGUCGACAACAACAACAGAAACGGCCACCACCACCACCUACACAACCACCAUCAGCAUCAGCAUCAUCACCAAGCGAACAACGAAGACGACGACGGCGAGUCGAGCAGCUCGCAGAGCAGCCAAGGCAUCGGCGACGUUUCCACCAUCAACGGCGGUGGCACGUACAAGGACAAAAAUGCUCUGGACGUGGGAGUGACGCCGGCCUUGAGGCGUCGACGCGAACGAGCCGAGAGACAGAGGAGCUUCAUCAGGGAGCAGCAGGAGGCAACCGCCAACAUGAGGGCAUCGACCAACGGACACGCCGACGAUGAGAGUACGUUCAACGGUGGCGUGCGCUACACGAACGGCACGACGAUCGAGUCGUCGAACAAAUUGUCCGGGCGACAGGUCGUGCUGACGGGACACAACAAGCCCGACCUGAUGACGCCGCUGAUGAACGCCGCCAACAAGCUCGACAGCGAGGAGAAGCAGAAGCAGCAGUGGUACGGCAAGAGCCCCGACGAGGGCGUCGAGUGCGACGAGGGCAAUCACACGGACGAGGAGGACGAGUCGGAUCGUCGCGUCAUGCUCCAGUUGAAGCGCGAGAACACCGUCAAAGAUCUCACGCAGAAAUUGGCGGCGGCCCAGCAGCAGAGCAGCCUCAUACAGUCGCAGAACGGCGCGGCCGAGGAGAAGAUCUCCAGGAUAGGCGACGUGAGCGGCCUGAUCUCCAAGGCGAAGGAGGGCCUGGCCAAGUCCAAGUCCAAGGCGGACGUGCUCAAGUCGCCGACCCAAUCGGCUGUCAAUGAAGUAGCCAACGCCACAGCUGCCGCGACGACGAAACUACCCGAGGUCAAAAAGUCCGAGAACGAGCUGCACUGGGAGGAGCUGGUGAACAGCUUCAAGGGCGAGCUGAUCUCGUGCGGCUGCGACUUCACGGAUCUCAGCGCCGAGGACGACAUCGGCCUGCUCGGGCCGGUGCAGACGAGCAACGGGGUGCCGCCGCCCCCGCCACCCCCCAUGCAGCCCGGUGCUGGUGGUGGUGCAGGUGGACGAGCCGUGCCGCCUCCUCCGCCGUGCCGAGCUCCGCCGCCGAUGCCCAGUGGCCCGCCACCCACACCGCCGAUGAUGUUCAACGCCAGCCAACUCAGACAGACGAGGUCGCAGUUGAUGAACGGAGGGGGUGGUGGCUACAACAACAACAUCAGUAGUAGCUACAAUCACAACUAUAAUAACACGAGCAGCGACAACACACCAAAGAGUCCACAGCAGCAGCAGCAACAGCAGCAGCAGACAGUCAGGAAGAACAAAAAAACUGUGAAAUUGUUCUGGAUGGAAACUGUCCAGGUUCCGCACGGAGAAAAUAUGAUCUGGAACGAGCUGACCAGGACGUCGGUCGACACGCAAAAGCUCGAGCAUCUGUUCGAGAGCAGAGCCAAGGAUCUCAUAACUAAGCAGAAGCAGCAAGAGCUGAAUAAGAACAAGGAGAUAAUCGUGCUGGAUCCCAAGCGCUCCAACGCCAUCAACAUCGGCAUGACCAAGCUUCCACCGCCGAGAUCCAUCAAGACGGCGAUCUUAAAGAUGGACGCGACCAUCGUGAACAGAGAGGGAAUCGAGAAACUGUUGACAAUGUUACCAACCGAGGAGGAGAGGUCGAAGAUACAGGAGGAGCAGGCCGCCCAUCCGGAUCUGCCUCUGGGCUCGGCCGAGCAAUUUUUACUGACGCUCGCGUCCAUCUCCGAAUUGCCGGCGAGACUGAAGCUCUGGGCGUUCAAGCUCGAUUUUGAAAAUUCCGAAAAGGAAAUCGCAGACCCCCUAAUGGAUUUGAAGCAGGGCAUGGAGACCCUGAAGAAGAAUAAUACCCUGCGCGGUAUUCUCAGCACGCUUCUCUCGAUCGGAAUAUUUCUCAACGGAAACGAGGUCAAAGGAUUUCAAUUGGAGUACUUGGCCAAGGUGCCGGAGGUCAAAGACACCGUGCACAAGCACUCGCUGCUGCACCAUCUCUGCCAUAUGGUGAUGGAGAAAUUUCCCGAUUCCACGGAUUUGUAUUCGGAGAUUGGAGCUGUGACCAGAGCAUCGAAAAUCGACUUCGACGAGCUGGCAUCGAACAUCGUCAAACUCGAGAGCGAAUGCAAAGCGUCCUGGGACCAUUUAAAACUAAUCGCCAAACACGAUGGAUCUACCAUGAUCAAGAACAAGAUGUCGGACUUCUUGACCGACUGCGCGCAGCGCAUCAUCGUCCUGGGCAUCGUGCAUCGUCGCAUCAUCAAUCGUUUCCACAAGUCCGUCAACUGGUUCGGCGUGCCGCUGCACCGGGUCGCGGACACUAAGCCCAACGAGUUCUGUCGGCUGAUCUCGGAGUUCGCCCUCGAGUACAGGACGACGCGCGAGCGCGUCCUCCAGCAGCUCGAGAAGAAGGCGAAUCAUCGGGAGAGAAACAAAACUCGAGGCAAAAUGAUAACGGAGGUUGGCAAAUUUAGGACGAAGGAAGAUCGAGCAGACGCGGAACUCAGGCAAUUACUGGGAAACGAUAUCUCCGACGUCGAGAGCAUCCAUGGCACGCUACCGUGGCGUAGAGCCCGCAAGGAUGGUCGCACAUCGCUCGGGCCGCUGAUCAGGGACGAGCGACAGAACGGAAAUCUUACGGACGGCGACGACGAGCUGCUGGAGUCGCUGGUGAAGACGGCCACGAAGACGCCCACGACGAGGACGACGCCGCGCGAGAGGAAGCGCACGCGACACGCCGAUCGUAAGUCUUUGCGUCGAACACUAAAGAACGGUCUCUCGGAAGAGGAGAAGAAACACAUCGCUGCCUACAUCAAGGGCUACUGACUGUGAUAAACAAAUAAAAAAAGAAGAUUAAAAGAAAAAUGUUAUCGGAGAACCAUGUGGACGAAAAACAAUGAAAAUGAGAGAUAUAUGAAUAUAUAGAUUUUACGAUCGAGGACUUACUGAAUGUAACUUACACGCAGGUUUAUUUUACAAUUCACGAUGUUGAUAAUUGAAUAACCACUCAAUCGAAAUUUUAUUUUUUUCCUUGUAAAUCGAUUAUUAAGUUUUAAUGUGUUACAUUGUUGUUACUUUGUGGAAGGAAGAAAAAAAACUACCGCGUGGUGUGUGUCUCAUAUUUUGUUGUUCCAUCUUGAGUUUUUCACCUAUAAUAUUUAAUUGUCUAUUAUUGAAUUAUUGUCAUGUUUUAUUAUUUUAUUAUUAUCGUUUCGCAGCCAUGCGUGCGAAAUUACCGCUUGAAAAUAGCUUGAAACACGGUUCAACAUUAUAUAAUUAUUUUGCGAAAAUGCGUAUGAUAUUAUGCUCUCUUUGUCUCCUCCAAUACUCUUAUGUUGCGUCGUUACAUUUUCCACGUGAUCUGUAAAACAAAAGAAAAAGAGACUAUGGGUAUUCAUAUUGUUAUUAAAAAUACGAAGCAGACAUAGUUGUUUUUUUCGUGGUUCGAAAAUAAAAAAGGGACAGUGUUGCGUUGCGAGCAAUCGUGAAAAUAAAGGAGAAAGAGAGCGAGACAGAGAGUUUGACAAAUGUAUAGCUAAUUGAUGAUGUAAUCUAGUUUUUAAACGGUGCUGAACCGCAGUUUUUCAGUAACUAUGAUUAUUAUUAUAUUUACUCAUUGAAAUUCGCUGCGAAAGAACAUAAAAUGAAAAUAUAGUCACUAGUUAAAAGAAAAAAAAAUUACAAAUUAAAAUUCGAGCAAAGCGUAGAGCAAAGGUGAAUUGAAAAAAAAACAAAAUGAAUACGCGUCAGCGUUUGCAUUAUAUAGUUACUAUUUAUGAAAACCAAAUAGUGUUGCACGAAUCUAUCAUGAUAUCCUCCGAGAUGAUUUCAUUAUUUCUAUCGAUAGCUUGAAUUUAAGUUAUUUUAUAACUAUCGUAAACAAACAAAUGUGUGUUAUAUUUUUCUUUUAUUCGAAUCGAAAAAAACGGCAACGAACUAUUUUAAGAUAAUUAAUGUUGGUAUUAAAACAAAAAGUUAAUUAGCAAUCGAUUUAUUGAUGUAAAGUAGGUAAAUUAUUGUAACACCUAGUCUUACAUUAGCCUUGCUGAGAGAUAUUGUAUGCUCGAAAGCUUGACGAGAAGGUCGAUUUUCUCAGAAUGUUGUACCGAACAAAAAAGUGAAUGCCUUUUAAACAUUGAAGUUUAACAGAAAUGGCCUUGAAAUUAGAAAAAGUAACCGUAGUUCAUAUAUUUUAUGAAAUUUUUCGAAAUUAAAUUUUAAGCACAGUGCCUACAUCGAACAAAUUUGGGUAAAAACCAUGAAAAUGUAUGCCGAUAAACAUGACUCAUAAAAAGCGUUUCAAAUUACAGCGUAGUAAAUGAAAAAAUAAAAAAUAAAUUGAAAAUAAUAAAUAUAUCAUCGAUUGAAUUGUAUGUCAACGACACGUGCGUAUAUGCACAAAGCAAAAUUGAAUCGAGGUGAAAAUCGAUCGAUUUUACUUCUCGGUGCGAAAUUACGCCACGCGACUGUACGUUGAAUAUUAUUUGCUUUGUUCAUGCAGAUACGAAUCAACGCUGCUGCUGUUUUAAAUAAAAAAAAAUUCAGCAAGUUAAUAAUAUAAGUUUAAAAAUUAACAGGAAUUUAAAAUUUAGAAAAAGUGUUAUUCAACAAUACGAAAAAAAAGCAAUCGACUACAAUAAAGAACUGAAAAUAUUGCCUUAGAA